AUGCCAGCGGCACAUGUGAGAACCACAUACAAUCGGUACAUGCAAGACGCACAUGCAGGAAGCACAUGCAAGCAGCACAUGCAUCUAGCACAUGCAAGCAGCACAUGCAAGCAGCACAUGCAAGCAGCACAUGCAAGCAGCACAUGCAAGCAGCACAUGCAUGCAGCACAUGCAAGCAGCACAUGCAAGCAGCACAUGCAAGCAGCACAUGCAAGCAGCACAUGCAAGCAGCACAUGCAAGCAGCACAUGCAAGCAGCACAUGCAAGCAGCACAUGCAUGCAGCACAUGCAAGCAGCAUAUGCAAGAAGCACAUGCAAGCAGCACAUGCAUGCAGCACAUGCAAGCAGCACAUGCAAGCAGCACAUGCAAGCAGCACAUGCAAGCAGCACAUGCAAGCAGCACAUGCAAGCCGCACAUGCAAGCAGCACAUGCAAGCAGCACAUGCAAGCAGCACAUGCAAGCAGCACAUGCAAGCAGCACAUGCAAGCAGCACAUGCAAGCAGCACAUGCAAGCAGCACAUGCAAGCAGCACAUGCAAGCAGCACAUGCAAGCAGCACAUGCAAGCAGCACAUGCAAGCCGCACAUGCAAGCAGCACAUGCAAGCAGCACAUGCAAGCAGCACAUGCAAGCAGCACAUGCAAGCAGCACAUGCAUGCACUUGCUGCAUGAAGCAUAUGCAAGCAGCACAUGCAAGCAACACAUACAAGCAGCUGUGAUAGCUGUUUAG